AUGCGUAUCUCAUUCAUGCUGUCUGUUGCGAUGGCUACCCUCUACUUUGCGAUCUGUAACGCGACUGGAGACUUCAAUCCAAUCACGCUGUCAGCAAUGGGAUCGCCAGAGCUCGUCCACACGCUUGACGAAGUGCGCAGCGACGCUGGGACCCCGAAAAGAUAUUUACGAGUACACGGAAAGGAUGGAGAAACCGGAGCGGAGGAGCGAGGUCUUGGUGAACUAAUGGCUAAGAUUAAAUACAUGGUGGAGAAUGCAGACCUCAGAUCAUUGCUUAAGGCAAUCCUGGAUGAAAUAUUAAAGGCCGAUGACGGGUAUAGGACUUGGGUGGCGCUUCGGUAUAACGCACACGGCGCUGGCGAGCUGUUGAACUUAUGGUCUCCAAGAAGAGAUUGA